AUGAACCUUGAAUCUAAUAUAACUGGUCACAUGGUUGAUACAUCGAAUAACAGGGGAAGCAAAUAUGGAAUUACAUUGUUUUUGAGAUCGCAGUAUGGUGAAAGUACCCACACAGACAUAAUUGAUGCUCGAUCUGCAUGCGUAAACAACGUUUCUUUGAAACCACACGAAAGUUUUGUUUUGGAAUCUCAAAACAAUGAACAAGACACAUUGUGUCAAUGGAACAUAGACGUGGGAUCAGACAUUUUCUGGCUAAAAAUAUCGACCAAUCAUAAUGAAUGUACAGAUAGUAUCCUGGUAAUAGCUAACCGGACGUUGACGUGCAAACAAUCUAAAUACUUAUCGUGGAUAGAACAAACAGCGAAACUAAGAAUAAGCUACAGAACUGACUCAGCAAUCGGUGGCACUGGGAUAAGUUUUAUUGUAUCAAUUGUUGAUAAACCAACGAAUCCACCAGACGAUAUAAAUGUAAUAACAAGAGGUUCUGCAAUCGUGUUAUCAUGGAAGCGUCCAAAUGUUCGCCCGGAAGUCAUUCAACACUACAUAGUAAACUACCAGAUAGGUAGCAAUUCAGCAGAUCAUAUGGUGAGAACAAACCCCAACCAAACGUUCGUUAACAUAGAUACAGCUGAAAGUCAAGGUCAGAUAUUUGCCUUCAAGAUAGCAUCGGAAACUAAUGGUGGAGUUGGUCACUUUUCAAAAGCAAAUUUUAUUCGCGCAGCUUGUGGUGUUACUAAAUUCAUCUUACAAAGACAGUCACAAAUUAUUAUUUUCCCUGGACAUAGCCAGGCUACAUAUCUUCCAAAUGUCCAGUGCACAUGGUCUUUCAACACGAGUGCUUCUCUUUGGUUGAAGAUUAACAUCGAUACUCUGAAUUUAGAACACUCUGAUGGAUGUAGGAAGGAUUAUCUCCAAGUGGGAAAUUCUCCAUUUUGCGGAAGGUUAUACAAUAAAGAAAUAGUUCAACGUAGUAAUACGGUCAGAUUAACGUUUGUUAGUGAUGGUGAUAUUGGUGGAAUUGGAUUCAUACUCAGUGUUUCUGCUGUAGGAACACCCCCAGACAAACCACGAAAUAUAUCAAUAAAACCAGCAUCGUAUGGUUUGAUAGUCACAUGGAAGCAACCUUUAUACAAAACAGAUUUCAUACAAAGCUACAGUUUGUUUUAUGAGCAUGAAUUCACAUCGAAACCAGUUAAAAUUCUGUUAACAAAACAGCAGUUUUCUUAUGUAGUUGAUACAACAAAGUAUCCAGGAACCAGGUUUGAAGUUUGGAUGAUGACCAAUGGAGAUGGAGGGUGUGGUGGAAAUAUAAAUAUAUCUAACAUAACCUCUUUCAUUAUCACACCAUUCUAUGGAAACUGGUGCCCGCGUGAUGCUUUCUGCAAAUGGCACGUGACUUCACAAUUCAGUUUUCUUUUGCAAAUUAUUGAUGUUAAAUUACCUCAAUCAAAUUCGAGUAGUUGUGAUCAUGUGACUGGCCAGUGUGGCUACCUGACUAACAAAUGUGAUCGUAUAACACUGGAAAUUUCUAACAAUGGUAAAAUUUGUGACCAGCAGGAACUUAUGAAAACUUAUCUCAUUCAUGAAAAAGAGGCUGAUAUUUCUUUGACAGCACGUGACAACAUAGACAAGAUUAAGUUAUUCCUUAAAAUAAGUACCAGUGAACUGAUGGACACAACAUCCCCAGCAAGAACAAAGCAACCAGUGUCAAUUUCAGGUCAUCAUCUUUUGUUAAGUGCGUAG